CUUAAAAUUCGGAUGUAAAGUAUAACCAAAACAGAGUCUCGCUAAUUAGUUGUCGCUUUACAUGUAUGUGUAACGUGAGGUCAAAAAAUCCAAUAGCUAGUUACAAUGUUCACAACUUCAACUGCUGGCUGCCCUCCAAUGGCAGUUUAGCUAACUUAGUUGCUAACCAGCUCGUUAGAUUGCUAACAUUAGCUAGCUAGCAACAAACUCGGGGUGUGUUCAUAGCCUUAUCAAGGAAGGAAGGAAGGGAGCUAGCUAGCUAGCUUUUUUGUGUGGAAAACAUGUAGGUACUGUAAAAGUAAGAAUAAAGUGAAUAAUUUUAUUUGAUUUGUAGCAGUAUAUCAGUCGCAGUUUUGUGGACCUGAACCCAGGAAAGAUGUCGGAGAAGACGCUACGACCUAUUUUCUAUCUGCUUUACACAGGGAUGUGUCUGGUACAGGGGAAAGAGUUAUGCUUUGGAGUGAACAAUGAGAAAUAUCGAUGUGAAAUGGGCUACUGCUGCGGAGAGAUGGAGUGCUGCACUUACUACUAUGAGCUGUGGUGGUUCUGGCUGGUAUGGACCCUAAUCAUUAUGCUCAGCUGCUGCUGUGCAUACCGCCACCGGCGGGUGAAGAUGCGUCUGCAGCAGGAGCAACGGCAGAGAGAGAUAAGCCUCAUGGCCUACCAGGGUGCCUCAAGCUCCUUCAUUUUGCCCCCACCCCAUAAUCCCCGAUUGUGGACAGACUUCAAACUCCCAGAUUAUGAAGAGGUUGCUGAUCACCCCCCGACUCCUCCCCCGCCUUAUUCUGAGGCUCCAACUGUGACUCUUCCCGCAAUCCUGCUGCCGGCUGCCUUCCCUGCGGCGGGCGUGAUAAUGGAAACGCCCAUGGAGGAAGAGCCAGGGGCGGAGCAGACCUCGGGUUCACCGGCAGUAGCGGCUGGAGCGUGCCAGUCAGAGGUGGGGGCCAGGCGGCCCGAAGCGCCUGCGGGGGAUGAGCGAGGAGAACAGGAUGAGCCCGGGCCCCGGCGGAGGCACGUUACGGGCGACUCAGGGAUCGAGGUGUGCGUGUGCCGGCUGGACAUGGACGAGGAGGACGGAGAGCAGGGAACACCGGGCCAGGGAGCUUGUGGGGACUGCUGCUCCGAGCGCCAUGCCAACGGGCACAAAGUGCAGCCCUCUCAGCCCUCUCAGCCCCAUCCUACUGGCAGUAACCAUGCAGGAGGCCUGGUCUGAGGAACACCACCUGUGGCUUCAGCAUCUGCGCUUGAGGAAGGCGAAGGAAAGGUGCUUCCGUCAUUGUUUUCGUUACUUAUCACUCUGUGACGAUAGCUGAGCCGCGCAGUCCAUCAGCCUAUCAGAUGGCUGUAUCGCUUCAUUAUGAUACUCGUUGGAACGAUGGUGAAAAUGCAAAUGCUGUUGCUGGUGUAUUUAAUUGCAAUGUUUUUUCUGCAUUUUCCCUGGGGCUCAGUAGCUGUUGAGUCUCAAAUAUGGUCACCUUGGUUUUAUCCGGUGUGAACCUGAGUGAAAAGCCAUAGGUGAAAUACUCAGUGGAAUCGUGUGGUUGGAGAGAGGCGAGGAGUGACUUUGUGAAAGAGAUGCUGUGGACGAGCAGGUGGGCAGGGGAUGUAGGAUUAAGACACUGAGGAAAGGACUGAACUCUUUUUUUGCACUAUACACCCAUGCUUACACUUGGGCAAGCUUCAUUCUGAAAAUACGACUCAUUCCACUCCCAAUCCACAUUUGAUGUUAAUAACCAAAAACACAAGCUAAGCUUGAAUUUAAAAUGGAGAGGAGUUUUUUAAAAUUUAUUUUCCUUUGUAAUUUUAUAAACCUUGUCAGUGAGCGUCACUAAUUGGUAGGUUUUGUUUUUUGUUGGGGUGAAAUGGGGCACAGAUGUCAGUGCUGGAGGCUUGGUUUGCUGCACCUGUUUUCCAUGAUGUGAAUUGCUGUUUGGGUUUGCAAAAUGUCACCCCCCCCAGUGCAGUUAAAACUCUCCUUAUAUUUUGCACUCAGACACUGGGCAUGUGACAUUAUGCGAAAGAAACCAGCCCCCACCCAGGUGGUUGUGUGUAAUGGAGCCUGCAAAUGAGGUGGCCUACGGUGUCAACCUACAGUUGGUGUAAGCCUAUAAUUUCAAAAUUCCGUAUCUCAAAUGAGUGCCUAGACUGUUGGACUUCUGUGUACCGAUGGAGACGAGUUUUAUAGGGAGAGUAGGAUUCAGGGGUCUAAUGGAAAGAAUAUUAUUAUUCUAGUUAUUCUUGUACUUUUAGUUGGUGAAAUGAACUCAAGUUGGGUUCACAAAUUAAAGUGCUUUAUGAUAUCAGAUUAGAGGUUUUUUUUUUGCUGCAUGAGGCAUUGCUGCUUUAUCACUGUAUGCCUUAUUAUUACUAUUGUUUUCUCUGCCUUGACUGAUACUGAUAUAAUGGUCUUUUCAAGCAACAAUGCCCUUGUCUGGGCUGCUGUGAAUUUUUUUUUUUUUUUUUAAGGAAAAAAAGGUUUGUUUUUUUGGUUCCGAUGUGUUUUCCAUUCUGAGCAGGUUUUCCCAAAGCUCAAGGGAUUUUUCUUGGUUGUGCGUGCAGUGUGACCAUGUUGCUUUUUCCAUGGACACUUCUGGAUAGCUCAGCCUGUUAAGGCUGUCGUGUGACCAGGCUACACAGGCGGGCAUUUGAUACGGUUUCUACCGGUGCAGGUUUCGGCUGGCACAACUGACCAGAGUGUUGUUGGGAAGGCGGGGAUCACAGCCUGUGGGACAUGCUCGUCUCAUCACACACCAAUGAAUCCCACCCACCUCCUGCUGGGAUUGGUGCCUACAAUAUGCCUGUCAAAUGUCCUCCUUGGACAAAAUGUGUGUACUAGCUGGAGAACUGCAGUUAAAUUAAGAAGCGGCUUGGCAUCGCAUGUUUGGGAGGAGAGCUCAUAUAUUUGCCAGUGUUGCGGCAUAGAACACAGACUCACAGAAAUUGGCUUUCCUAAACGGGAGGGCCUCAGAAAUUCAGGGGAUAUCUGAAUUUCUGAGGCCACCAUUUAACAACCCCAGGACUGUACAAAUAUAAUUUAAUACCACUUUUAAGGUGACAGACCAGAGGGGUGAAACCCAAAGCAUGGAGGAGAUUGGGUGCAUUGAGGGUGGAAAGAUUUGCUUGGGGGAACCGGCCGAAUCUCAUCUCGGACAUUAGAGUCCGAACACCUGUAGCGUAAACCACCGAGCCGCGGCCAGGGCUUGACCACUAUGGUUGCCCCUUUGUUUUCCGUGCAUGAGCUUCAAAUCAACCACGCUUCAAAUAUUCAGGUUACUCCCGUUGGUUCUACAGUGCACUGGUGAUGCAAUAUGCACUGGGCCUGUGAUGCGUACGUACGUGACUACUGACAGGUGAUUGUGAGAAACGAGAGAACAGUACAAGUUGCGGCUUGUAGUGUGGUGGCUGCGAAGACCAGCCUGUCAGCUGCAUGCUGCAGAGCAGGCUUAGGAAGCCCUACUUCAGGGGAGUGCCGCUGCAUUGUAGGUUUCUCAGUUCUCUCUGAAGGCUGCUACUCAGCUGUGAUACUCGGGACUGUGGUCGUCUGGCUCUGCAGCAGAGCAGAUCAGUAGAGCUGGCUGGUGGGAAAAUGAAAGUGCUGUGCUGUGAAAAUAUGUAGUGCUUGGAAUAAGCUCAGCAUUCUAGUUGUUUGAAAAAAUAACUGCGGCUUUGUCACCGAGUUAGCAUUUACUUGUGUUUAUGUUGUGGUGGCUUGUCUUCGUUUCAUUUUCAAAUGAGGAAAAAAGGUGAAUUACAUUGGGCAAAACCCGAGACAUGCUCAGCCAGAAACUCAUAGAAUUCAUGAAAAUGAAACUGGGCGGCUUCCAUUUUCUACAGGCACGUUUAUUGUCAAUCAUGAGGCACUGUGCUGUCUUUGAGGGUUCCUGGAAAACAUGUAGCGGCCACAUAUUUAUAUUGACUUGCAAAAAUAUCCAGGCAAAAGUUCUGGCUGCUGCAUCCGCGAUCAAAGGUCCCUUUACAAAGGUUAGGUUGAUGAUUAUAAAAAUCACCCAAGGUUUGAGGGGAGAGGUUGAAACCCAAACAGUAAACUGGUGGAUAAACAGACUCGGUGAGAUUUUCUCUUUCCGUUGGUUUGACAAUGUGGCCCCAUAGCUAUAUGUUCACAGAAGAAGAGUAGACGUGUUCACAUGCAGUUGGUGGUGGUUCCAUGUUAAGAACAGCUUUGUCCUAACCUGUGCCCAUAAAUAUGAUGCACCAGGACCUUUGACAGCAUGCAUCCUCAGUUCUGUCUCUUUAAGAUCAACACCUGUCCCUUUACGAGAGGAUUUCAGUCUGUGCAGCAAUAACUCCAGCUUUAAACGAUUAAGCCUAAUGGCAGAUCACUGGGACAAUGUGUCUUCCAGUAGUUUUAUUUUACUUCAGGACAAUUCGACCAAACUGGUUAUGCUUCAACUAUGAUCAUCCAGAAAUCACCAUUUCCUGUUUUGUUGAAUAUUUUGCGCAUUUGGCAAUGGUGAAAAAAACUUUAUUUCAUGAUCAGUGCAUUUGGUUUUUGUGAAGUUGGUUUGAUUGUGCUUAGACAGUGUGGCUGGAUUAAGCUAUUUGGUUAUUGAAAAUAAAUGGUUAGUAUAGUCAGAAACAUUGAAAUGUCUUCUGGCCUAAACAUGUUCCACCAGCAAAAAAAAAAAAAAAAGGAAAACUAAGGGCUAUUUAGCGCAAAUGAAAUUGUUAUUUUAUUUUUCUCUAAAACUGUAAAUGUCAAUAUAACAUUGAGACACGCAAGUGAUGAAUGUCUUUUUUUGUACUAAAGCGAGAGUGAUUUUUGUUAUGUGAGUGUCAGUUUCCUUAUUUGUUGAUGUGAUAUGAUUUAGUGUACGUGUGGUUCAGUCCCCUCUCCUGUGCUCUGUUGAACCAUUGCCCCAUAGUCCCAUGUGUUUGUUCUCAGGAAUCCCAUCUUACAAAAAGUUCAGGCAGCCGUAGAGGGGAGGGGGGCAGUGUCCUUCUACAUUCAUUAUCUGUCUUGGCCCUUCUUUUCCCCUGAGCUUUAGUUUCAGCUUUUCACGUAUGUAAAUUUCUGUGGUGAAUUUAUCAGCUCACUGUGGGCAGGAUAAUUGUCAGUUUAGUCACUGUAAAAUUAACCUCAACCCUGGGGUCCUCAAGACACACUUACCACUGGCCCCUAAUUCCUCUCUGCCCUUACGCCCUGAGGACAGCAUCCAGUCUCAUAUGACCCAUCCACCCUGUCUUCUUGACCACUUAUCUGGGUUGUUGCAUUAUAUUCCUCAGUACUGUAUCAUACUUAGCUAUGCAACAACUUUGAUCCUUUGGUGUAUGCUGCAGUGAUGUCCUCUUUUUAUGUAACGGUUUUCACUAGUUGUCAGCAGAAGCAAUACUAUUCUCAAUGCAGUUGGUAAACUGCACUGUCGGGGUGUGCACUCCUUUUUUUCAAAGAAAGUGCUAAGCUUACCUGUUAAAUAAAACUACCUAUUUCCAUAAUUCUGUUCUGUGUGCUUCGUAAAUGUUUGACUAAAAAAUAGUUCUUUUGUAUCCUGAGUGGGGAGAACAGUGAAAGCCAGAAUGUUGUUGAUGUUCUUUUGUGGGAAUUACAUUCUAUCCCUUGCCUUGUUUGUCAGGUUUGGAGCUUCUAUUUUCAAUUUAGCGUAUGACAAAGCUGGAAACAUCCAAGCAGACAAUCAUGUUUUCGACUGGCUUCCACCAAAUAAUGAUCCUUAUAAGGACUGAUAGUGUGGCUAUCCACUAUAUAGCUAAAUGACUGUAACUUUGUUGUAACAAGUUGUAAAAAGCAUGUCGCUGUACAGCAACCUGUGUCCCACAGUUUCCUUUUCUAGGGGCGUGUAUAUGUCUGCUCUUAGUCGAAAUCUUGGUUAUGAAUGCACCCAUCUUAGUGAGCUAAAACAACUUUGGAAAGUCUUAUGAGGUCCCGUAACAAAGCCAAAUACACAAUUAAAACAGCUGUUAUACUCUGGUGUCCCCUGUACAGUGACUGAGAUCUGAAUGAAAUGCACCAGGGAUAGGAACUGGACCUGGGCUGUUUUCAGUAGGCCCUAACAAUUUUGUGUGCAAUGAAAUACAUUUUACAACAGUCGGACAACCUGCAGACUUCAAAGUUUUUGCAAGAGCAUUCGAGGGUUUGUGAUGUAAAGCAAGAAAAUACACUUAAAAUAACUAGGCUUGUGCUUUGACAUUAUGUCUCCAGAGGUUGUAUAUGUCUAAAGAAACAAAGAAUAUGUUCAAUUUUACCUUCUGUUGGAACCAUUUCCUGUAGCGCAUGCAACUUGCAAGGAAAGAAAUGCUAGGACAAUAUGAACACUGAUAUUUAUGUUUAUAAUUGUGAAUAAAUGCUAUAAAAUUAAUCUGUGCCUAUGUACAUCCUCUGGAAAUAUAACACUGGUACAAGCUGCUCUUGAGUUGUUUGUAGUGUAUUUUCUUGUGCUAGACCACAGUUCUCUAUAUGCCAGCCAUUGGAAAGGCAGCUGGUUGUCAGAAACCUAUGUUGGUAUCUAAAGAGUCCUUCACUGCACAAAAAAUGGUCUGGGCAAAUAAAAAAUGUGCAAUAAAACUGAAAUACCAUUCAAAACCCCCAGGAAGUUCUCUUUAAGGAGGGUGCUGGUCUGUACCUAGCAGAUGGCAAUCUCUGUAGUCUUUCACUUGUAACCAGUCUCUGAGCAUUUGUUUGCAAUUCAAAGCAUAGUAUAAUUGUUUAUGUGCUUAUUAAGGACUGUUUUAAUUGAAGUGAUAUAUUUUUCUAUGCUCUUUGUUUAAAAAAAUCCAAAAACAGAUGUUAAACCUCAUUGGAAAAGGACAAAGUGUAUCUUAGUCCAAUACUACAGUUCAGAAUUCUGCUCUUUACCCAUCUUCAUUUGUAUUUUAUUUUUAUAAUAAAAUGUAUGGACAAAUGCAUAUAUUACUAGUUGAA